AUGUCCCAUGGAAGACGAAGGACAUCAAGUGCUACGGCCCCAGGGGCAGGAUGUGUACGCUACUGCUGCACUACCGGGAUACUGAGCUGCGACAGCACGUACGCCUCGAGGAAUGGCAGACUGGCGGCAUGGCCGGUGCUGAUCAGCUUGUUCAACAUCCCAGAAGCGCUCCGCUGGCAGGAGCCGGGCCACGUACUGGCUGGUGUGCUGCCGUUCCCGCCUGAGUGGGCGUCAUCCACCGAGAAGACGCGCAUCUUCCAGCAGUGCAUGGAGGUGAUCUUCGAGCCUCUACUUCGCACGCACAGAGGGGCCGAGUUGCGAUGGUUUUAUGUGACGGACGCGACAGGCAAAGUGGUGAAGGCCUUUCCCUGUCUUUUCGGGCAGCUGGGGGACUUCCCAGAGUCGUCCCGGUCUACAGCGACUCUGCAGCAAGGGUCGCAUCGGCUGUGCUCUUCGUGCUACAUGAAGGAGACACAUCUGGCAGACCUGUCACAUAAGUCGGUGACGCGGACGGUCGAGCUGCAGAGACGGGUGGUGGACGCAAUUCAGUCGGCGUCCGACAGCAAGGCGGCAGAGAAAAUCAAGAAACGAUGGUCAACACACCCUGUGCAGACGGCGCAAGGAGCAAAAGAAGGACACGCGCGCAAGCGUAGUGCGCAUCCCGGGGGGGACCACGUGGUUCAGCACAGGGGAAUGAUGCAGGUGAUGCCCAUGCUUAUCGCGGACAACAUGGAGAAGAGCAAGCAGCCGGCUAAGGCGAAGCGGGAGCGGGAGGUGGCGGCGUUUGUGGCGUACGCCAGCUUCUACAAGGCACUGGUAGGCGUGACAAAGCAUACCGAGAAGUCUCUGGACGACGUCCGGGAGUUGGCUGUGUACCUAAGCAUGACUCCUAUGCGCACACGCAGGAUGGUGGCGGCCAUCAAGGCCGCAUUCCCUGACCAGACGUCGGACUGGAACAUCCCUAAGGUGCACCAGAUUGUGCACCUCAUUGACGGCAUACCACUGCGUGGGAUGCCGAACGAGACAUCCACCAACUUGUGGGAGCACACGCACAAGGGCACCGUGAAGGUGCCGGUCCGUGGCAGCAACUGGCACGACAUCCCGCGCCGAAUUGUCGAGGAGGAGGUGCAGCGCAAGAUUGCACGGGAGGUGGCGGCGGAAGCGGGUGGAAACAGGCAGUAUGUGACGGCGAUGCGCGAGCUCAUGGUGGCGGCAGGCAUCCCCACCACCACCAUCGAGGUGGGGAAUGUAGUUGGAGAAGCGUGCGCAGGUGCACACAGCCGUGGCGAUCCCCCGAACGCGGGGGGGGGGGAGCUUGUGCCCAAGGGCACAUUUGUGAAAGCCAGCCCCUCCGAGCGGUGGUUUUCAGACAUCGCAGUGUACCGGUCUGAAAAAGAGGAGUGGUAUGCCAGGUGCCUCUGCAUCUUCCGCGCAGAGGGGGCAGACGGGGAGAUGGGGCGACACGUGUACGUUAAGUACCACGAGGCGGAGGGCACGUGCCCAAUGACGACAUGCCUGCAGCUGUCUCCCGGCCGUGUGAGAACAAGAUACGCGGUGGUUCCAGUGGAGUGCAUCAAGAGGGUGGUGCACGUGUGCAAGUCCUAUGUGAACAAGCGUGUCAUGCUCCUGAACAAGUUCCUGCUGACGGAGUGA